UUCGGUCGCAGCAAAUUUUCAUCUGUGUCAAUAUCAACACCGGGUUGGACGGUGUCAUUGGCGUGCGGUGGAAAACAACAUUUUUUAUAGGAAACAUGUUUUUGUGGAAAGCGUGACCCAGAAGCGAAAAAGAAGUGCAACGGCAAACGUAGUGUAUGAAAAUGACUGAACUGCGUCGGUUAACCCAGAUUAUCAUCUUUAACGUCGAUUUGAUUAACAGAUAACAGACACUCCUACGACACGCGAGACAGUGGCGAAUUAGAAGCAUACACUUGAAAAGGAAUUGCUUUUACCAAAUGCUAGAAAUACCAGGCAAACAAAAGUAUUGACAAACUAAAGAUCAGUAUUGUAAUGCGUUGAACUUGCAUAGGUUUUUGCAAAAAUGGCGUUCCAUGGUCGACUGGAUAGUAGCACUAACAGAGUGUUUCAGGAGAUAUUUGCCCAAAGAUACCAAACCAAAGAGGUAGAAGCGGCCUAUCUGAAGGCUGCCGAGACUGGAGACUUGCUGUCAGUUAUAAGCUUUGUUGUGGACAGCAAUGUCAAUAUCAACUGCGUCGACUUUAUCGGCAGGAGCGCGUUGGAACUAGCCGUUGAAAACCACCAUUUAGCAAUAAUUCAAUAUUUGUUUCCAAAAUGCAGUCUAGAGUGUGCCGAGAAUGCUCUCCUUCUUGCGGUAGACUCGGGCAACGUUCAGAUCAGCGAAAUACUUUUAGAACAUCCCUCAUUCAAACACACAAAAGUUCACGUGGAGAGCGGUCCUGGCGAAGGAAUAUACCGAAAAACGGCUGAAAACUACCGGUUCGCACCGGAAGUGACUCCAAUCAUCCUGGCUGCCCUCAAGAAUGAUUAUUACAUAACGCAGCUUCUUUUAUCGCGGGAGUUUAGAAUUACGACUCCCCAUGUAUAUUUCUGCGAGUGUACCUCGUGUAGCAACAUGCGACGGUUUGACUCGGUGAAGUACUCCCGCUCACGCCUCAACACGUACAAAGCUCUGGCCAGUCCUGCCUAUUUAACUCUGUCUGGGGACGACCCUAUAUUUGAAGCAUUUCAAUUAAGCCAUGAACUGGAACACUUAGCAAGCGUGGAAAAUGAAUACAAGAGCCAAUACCUAGCGUUGAGUGACCAGUGCAAGGACUAUGCUGUGGAGUUUUUGGACUUGUGCCGCACAAACGAGGAAGUCAUGGCCAUACUUAACGGAGACGUUCAACCAGGAAGAGGCGAGGAUGAUGAAAUGGAUGACGAAGAUAUUUUAGCGAAUGGAUUCGUCCGACUUAAAAUGGCACUAAAAUACGAGCAAAAAAGGUUCAUUGCCCACGCUGCUUGCCAGAGACAGUUAUCACUACUGUGGUAUUCCUAUGUCCCAUGGGUGCGUUACCGGAGUCAGCUUACCAUGAUGGUCAUAUUACCUCUGAUCAUUCUCAUAUGGCCUAUUGCAUGUACUCUGUACAUUCUGUGCCCUCUUAAAAACAAGUUCACCAAGAUAAUGCGAAGCCCAUUCGUAAAGUUUGUCAACCACGGAUACUCUUAUUUCAUGUUUCUUCUACUGAUAUUCAUAGCCUCAAUGAUGAAAGGGCACAUGUGGACGUUAUUUCUGUGCGAAUACAAAAAUGAAUUGCCCGCUUAUAUAAACCUGAUGAUUUUCAUGUGGGUCCUAGGUAUGCUGUGGUACGAGUGUAAUCAGGUCUGGUCUCAGGGUUUGAAGGAACACUUUAAAGACUGGUGGAACUGGAUGGACAUGACUUUACUUGGGCUUUAUAUCGGCUCGUAUGCUCUUCAGUUGGCGUUUGCCAUUCAGUAUAGGGAGGCAUAUUGCCUGCAACAAAGGCACAGCAACACUGCCUCCUACGACUGCGCAAAACUUGACUGCCUGGUCGAAAAGGGAAACUGCUCGUCUGUAACUUCUGUUUUCCACGCAAAAACAGGCUAUGUUGAUCCGAAUAAAGCGUGGGAAGCAUGGCCCGAUCCAAGACAGCUAGCUGACGUCCUGUACGCACUUGCUAAUGUGAUGAGCUUUACCAGAACGGCGUAUCUGCUGCCUGCCAACGAAUAUCUGGGGCCGUUACAAAUAUCUUAUGGAAAGAUGUUACAAGAUACUGUGAAGUUUUUUGUAGUGAUUGCUCUUGUCUUUAUCACGUUCAUGGUGGGCCUUACAAGUCUGUACCAGGUCGACCGUUGUGAAAAUAAGGCUUUCACAUCACCAAUAGAGACAUUCCGGAACCUGUUUUGGGCAACAUUCGGCAUGGGAAACAUCAUGGCACCAGAAAUCAACGAUGCCUAUGUAAAUUACAUCCAGUUUUCCUACCAUAAGGACCUAUAUGCUCUGACCGAGGGAGUGGGAUAUGUUUUAUAUAGUCUCUACAUCAUAGCGGUGGCCAUAGUUCUCCUAAACAUGCUGAUCGCCAUGAUGAGCAACACAUUUGAAGGUGUCUAUAAUGACAGCGACGUAGAGUGGAAAUUUUCACGCGCUGAACUAUGGAUGACAUACGUGAAGGAAUACAGCGCACUGCCGCCCCCUUUUAAUAUUUUACCCACAUUUCGGUCCAUUAUUGAGAAGAUCAGAAAGGCAUGUAGGAAAAUGUGUUGCAAGUGCAAGUCGGACGACGACAUCUUAAGAGGAUCACAUUUUCCGGCCAAUUACAGGAAUCGCAAAUUUGCUAUUGAAGACAAUGGGCCAAUCGAGCUUUCAUCAUACAAACGAAUUCUAAAGAGGCUGAUCCGACGUUUUAUCUAUAAAAAACUUUACGACACUCUCGAGCAGGACGAAGGCAAUAAAACUGGCAUUGCACCUGACGAUCGAGAGGAUAUCCCAGGUUCCUCUGUCUUUGUGGAUAUAACCAGUCUUAGGGAAGGCAUGUGGAAAAUCUCUGAAGACAUCACGUAUAUCAAAAGCGGCGUGCAGGAAAGCAUCGACAAUGUACAGAAGGAGAACAAGCUAUUUGCUGACGAAAUAAAGACAUAUUUAAAGGAGAAAAAACACCAAAACGGCUACGGAAAUGAUAUUAAAGAAAUUAAACAACAAGUAAGGACCCUUCAGGCGGAGAUGAGUGAACUUGUAGAAUUAAUGAAAGCACAUUUAAACACCACACAACCGUGUGACGUCACGUCACGUGAUGGUGUGGUGCGAGAGGCAGCAGUACGUGGGGUGGCCGCAUGUCACGUGCCUAAAGAGUCUGCAACUGAUGAUCAUGUCAGAGAAGCUUCUUCGAUGUAAAGUUAUGUUAAUGCGCUGACUGUGUCUGUGUUAAAACUCACGUAAUUGUUUAAAUACCACUGAGUUGACGGCGUAAGAAAACCCAGUGGGGACACUCGUUUCAUAAAUCUACAGUAUUCUUUUUUGUUCCAAAAAGGACGUGACCCCGACGUGAUUUGAACACGCAACCUUCUGAUCUGGAGUCAGACGCGCUACCGUUGCGCCACGGAGUCCUCUAUCAGAAAAUGCAGCUAUAAUACACCUUGUCUGUAGAGUUGGGAUAAACCAUAAGAUUAAAGAUAACAAAAUACAAUUAUCUUUGACACGCAAUAACGCUAGUUUUACACACACACACACACCUAAGGCACAAACGCAUUUAGAUUAAAAUUCCUCAUUUAGAACUUGUUAUAAUUCGCUAUUAUGUCCAAGUUUCAACGGAGUAAGUAGCAGACCUCGAGAUAUUUUCACCAAAGAGAGAGAGAGACGCUGUCAGUCUCAUAUCGCAGCAAGGUUUUUUUUAGAUGUUAGUGUCAAUAAUUAAAACUCCCUAUACUCAAAAUGCGUAUUUUGUAUUAUUAGCACACUAAAUGGUUACGGUGAGCGCGCAAGGCAAAUUCUAUCAACGCUACUCGUGUAAUUCGCCAAU